AUGCAUCGCUUGGGCAAGUUCCCAUUUCACCGCGAAAAGCACAGAUUUAUUUCCAAACUGGACUCCAAAUCGAGGUUUCUGGUGCGGGUUCCAGUGGAGUACGCAAGGUUGGGCUUUCGAUGGCUCCAGGGACUACCCGGGCUGUCUGCGGCCGGUAAGGCCGCCCACAAGGGCCGUGCCUCGUCCAAAUCUGCGCAGGCCGCCUUUGUCCCCGCGGUGACUACCCCGAGGGAGGAGGGCGGGAGCAGAGGAUGUCACCGAAGUUUCCUGAAAUCUUUAUACCACCCCGGGCCUCGCCCCGGGAUCCGCCUCCAGGGGCCAACGUUCGCCUCCGCGCCACACUUCUUUGCCUGUGCGUCCCCUCCGCACAGACCUAAUCAGUCUCGAAUUUCAACUCCCGACCCAGGCCAAACUUUCCUUCUGGACUGGCAUUCGCUUCUCCCAGGGGGGAGGAGAAGCGCUGGGGCUCUUGGCAGCCCCCGGACGCUCUCCGGGGACCACCCUCCAACCCAAUUUCAGCGCACCUCCGGCGCCCACCCUUGCCUCCCCACCCCAAAACUUGACCUCCCACAGCCGCGCUCAGGGAAGUCCUGGGAAGCCGCUGCAACUGAUGCACCCGGGUGCUUUCGUUUUACUUUCGCUCCCUCCCCUCCGCAGCUGGAAAGACUGCGGAAGAACAAAGUGGGGGUGAAAGGCACGUGUCCCGGCAAAGUGGCGGGGACACCGCGGGGCAAACUUACUGCUGUCAGUGUGGCCCCUGCGAAAGCGCUCCUAGUUGGACAAGCCCCUUGCGGGGCCAGGAAGCGCGGCUCGCGGGCGCUGGCCAGGAAAGCUUCUCCGCGCGUCUUGAAACGGCCACACCGCGCUUCCCGCGCUCCGCGGGCCAGCCUGGGAGCUGCUGGGAGCCACCUCCGCAAGCCUCAGUCCCCCGCCGUCAUCCAAUCGUGCGGGGCCGGGAGGCAUCCCAAUGCCUGGGGAAGCCACCGCGCGAGGGACAAGUCAGGCUCCUGGCCCCGAGGCGAGGCCCGAACGCGCGCACACUUCGCGGCCAGGGCGGUGGCGCUCCCGAAGCGGAGGGGUGGGGGAGGUGGAGGGCGGAAGCGCCGAACGUUUGUGAGCACACCCUCGACCCGCGGACCAGGGGUCUCCACCGGGUGGCUAAGAUGUGGGUGCCCACGCUGUGCGCGACGCUCGGGCUACAGCCGGAACCCACGAGCUGGGCGCACAGCUGAGCGAGGCAGCCGCAGCCGCCACGGAGCCUGGCGGGCGGCGCGGAGCCCCGGGGAGCUGGUUUUCCCGAGCGGGCACGUGACGGGGUUGGCAGCGCGCUGGCCCGGGCUAGGAGGAGGGGGAAGCGGCAAGCAGGAGGCCGGGGGCGGGCGGGCGGCUGGCUCGCUGUUGGAACAAAAGGACCAACUUCCUCGGAGCUUUGCUGAAACUGCACAAAAAAUCGAGCUGGGGGGUUCCCUGGUCCCUGGCGACGGGGCGGGGAGCGCCGCGCCAGGGGAGGGGGCGGGCGCGGUAGCGCGGGCCCCGCCGAGGGGGGAACACCUGGCUGAGGCACGGCCGCCGCCGCACUGCUCCGCGCGAACCCAGGGCUCCGGUCCCCGCGCGGGCUCGAGAGUUCGCCCCGACCGGGGGUCUUCCUCCUCCGCCGUUGACAGAACGAGGCGAAGCAGUGACAGCCACCAAAUCUGCAACCCCAGCAGUCCACGGCGGGGUGACCGAGGGGGCUCUAGGAAGCGGUCAGCGCCUGGCCCCUCGUCCUACGGCCGCUGCCCGCGCCGCGGCCAGAGACGAAGCCAGGCAGGACUAGCGUGCGCCGCCCAGGCGGCAAGGAGAGCGGAGGCGGGAGCGUUGCGGAGGCGCUGGGCGCCGGCCGCCCGGCGCGGGUCGAAGGCGGGCUCCCGGCUGCCGCUCCCGUUCGGGGACCGACCCCCGGCGGAGAGGUGCCAGGGCCAGGAGGCCGCGGAGCGCGCCUCGCCCCCUCCGAGCUCGGACCUGGCGUCUCCGCCUCGUCCUGCGGCUGCUGUGGGAGGGCUGAGCAGAGGAGAGCUGUUGCCACACGCCGCCGCUCACCCUGGCUCCGGUGCCCACGCACCCAGCGCGCCAGGAACUGGGGGGCAAGGUGGGGUCAGGGGGCACGCUCUCCUUCCGAGGAGCCCAGGACCUGUGCGCGAGCUCCCGCCGCGCCGCCGUGGCGGUUACUCUGGGCGCGGGGGAGGGGGCGGAGCUGGCGCUGUUGACAGCAGUGCUGGAGCUGGGAGGCCCCCAGUAACUGCGGCUGUAGCCAUUUCGAAGCGUGGGAGGGGGCGGAGGGUGGACAGGGGUUUUCCUCACUGCCCUAGCGCGUCGCUGCUUCCCCAGCAAUCCAAAGAGCCGGGCCUGGGACCAGAGCGGGAGCCGUGGCCACCCCCUCCCGACACGUCCCAUUGUGUGAGCGGGUGGCGCUGGGCGGAGGCUGGUGCCGGCCCCCCGCGGCUCCUAGCUCCGGAGGGGGCGGGGCGGCCCCGGAGCAGUCAAGGCCAAGUCUCUCUGCGUCCCAAGAGCGCCGUCCUAGUGCGCGCGAGGUCCAACACUCGACUCUCGGUUGGGAAUUUGGCGGUCUUGCCCGCGUUCACGGGGCGCCUGGUGGCUGUGGACCCACUCAGAGGUGCGGGCCUAAAGUCCUGCGGGUGUGUGGUGGGAGUCAGUCACCACUCCGGGGGGCUAUGA